GAGCUUCAACAUUUCGUUCCCGAAAGAUCUUCCUCGCAGUUCUGUUUUACCGAUCGCUUAAAAAUGAGUUUCGCUCAGAAUAUGCAAACGGUUCUGGAGAAGCUGUUAAUUCCUGAUAAACUGCGCGCCGAAUAUACAAAAGACGCGGAGGAAAUUCAAAACUAUGUGAUUGACGAACUAAAACGGGUGGACGAUAAAUUUGCCGACGUUUUCGACGGUCUUAGUCUGGGCGGAAGCUACUUGGAUCGCGUAAAGCUGGAUGUUCCCGAUGAAUUUGACAUGCACAUGAAACUGGAUUUUGGAUUUGACAUUACGCCGAAACCAAUUGACAGUGGGUUUAUCUACCUGGAGGCGGAUUGUGUCGUAUUGCAACCCCAACGAGUCCAUCGUGUUCGACUUCAGGAAUGGUUACGCGUUGCGUUUCAUAAGGUAUUUAAGUCAACGCAGACACUUGCGACCAGCGCUGGACGAGUCUACCAACUGAGCUAUACAAAUGAAGGAUAUGGCUGCGCCCACACCAUCGUAGCCAACAGUGGAAGCCGCUCCAUAUCGUUUGAUUUGGUGCCGGCAAUCGAAUUUACUGGAAGGCAGUGGCCGCUCGCUAGUCCCCCCGUUUCUGCUGAGGUUCGCAAAAAUUGGAAUUGGUUCGCCAUUCCGCAACAGAAGAAGGGUAAGAAUAGGUCGAAAACCACAUUCAUGGUUUGUGCUCCGCACUGGGAGCGCGAAAUGAUGAAGGACUCGGAUAACUUGAAGAACGUCCUGCGACUGAUGAAGGGACUACGGGACGCCCAUGCUAGGCAGUUGCCUCACUUGUCUAGCUACAUGCUUAAGACAGUCCUGCUCCAUCGAAUCGAAACGGUGGACUGGGAAAGGGACCUUGGCACUCUUUUGGUGGAGAUGUGGAGCCAUUUGGUAAAUCAUCUUCGAGCUGGUAGGCUGGAAUUCUUCUUGGACAAGGACCACAAUGUGUUCAGUCGCAUGAAUCAGGGAGAAAUCAAGAAAUGUCUUCUUUACUCGGAGAACUUGCUCCAAAAGCUUCGACUGGCUCAGAUAAAUGGCAGUUAUAUGCACUUGGCAAACAUUUUCCUUAUUAAUUAGGGGUGAACUUCGUUCGCAGAGAAAGAAUUGAAUUAUUAUUUGAAACUCCACUCCAAAGUAAAUUCGUUUCAGUAACAGAUAAGAAAAAAGCUUAUAUAUGCAAAAUGCGCUCAAGCUCAAGGACAUCAUGAAAUAGUUGUUUGCUUCGAUGUUGAAUAAAUAAACAACUUGCUAAGAACAAAGAAUGUCUCAGUUGAUAAAGCAAAAAUUUGAAUCUAACUUCAUUGAAAUACCAUAUUUGAUCUUAAUUUUUGUUCAUUGGAUGAAAUAAAGGAUUUUUGUAUAAGCAAACUAAA